CACUCAGACGGUGGUAGCCCUGGAACCCUGGCUGAGCAGAGUUCAGGUGCCUCUUGCACAUAGUGAUGACAUCUUACCAAAUACUUCUCCUGUUCUCUGUGGCUGUGGCUCCUGUGGCUGCACACAGUUCCCACCGGACAAAAAGAGGGUUACUUGAGCUUGCAGGAGCCAUCAAAUGCAGCACUGGGAGAUCUGCUUUGGCUUACAUGAUGUAUGGAUGCUACUGUGGGCUGGGGGGUGAGGGGUGGCCCCGUGACAGAGCAGACUGGUGUUGCCACAAGCAUGACUGCUGUUACGGAGAUGCAGAACGUCUUGGCUGCUACACCAAAACGGCCAAAUAUCAUUGGACUUGCGAGGACAGGGAAGCUGAGUGCGAGGAUUUAGAGGACAAAUGUGAGAAGAUUUUAUGCAAGUGUGACAAAGAGGCAGCCAAGUGUUUGAGAAAAGCACCAUUCAUCCAGAAAUACUCACUAUGGCCGGAUUUUAUGUGCGGCCACGAUCACCCAACGUGCAACAUGUAUUGAAGCAGUAAGUUCACAAAAACUUCCUCGCAUGCAGUCCUUCCCCACAGUGGAGGCUGAAGACGUUCCAACAUCCCUAAAAAAAAAGUAUCAGCUAAUUUGCUGUGUAUGAAAUCUACAUCUUCAGCACUAGAUGGUGCCAAAUCCACAAACAAACUGCGGGGCGGAACACCCGAGCAAGAGUUUGACUUCAUUUCUGAAAUAGUUUUUAUAUUCGUUUAGUUUUGAAAGAGAAGACUGUUCUCACUCUUGAGUCAAAACCUUUUACUCCUCUUUCCUAUGUAUGUUCUUUCCAUCAACAUGGAAUGUAAUCUAAAUCCGCCCAGAUGUUACUCAGAGCCCUGUAAAGUGAGGAAAACACAGCUUCUUUGUUCAAACAGUGCUGGGUCCGUAAGCUUCAACCGAAAUGAGAGAAGCAGUUAAUGUAAUGUAUCCUGCUAAGAGCUGAAAGUUGAAUGUUUGGGUGAAUGCCUACAAACACUUGUUCAGUUGUUUUGAACCUUUGCCGUACAAGAAAGUCAAGAGUUGUAAAGUGCAAAAAUAAAGUUACUUGAAGUUC